CCUAAAACGGGUUGUCUCGGUUGUCAAAGUGACAGCUGCAGCUGUCACGUGUUCCGCGGGAUUUUUAAAGUUCGGCUUGAACUGUGACGAAUUGCCAUUAAUUAAAGCGUGAAAGAAAUGUCAUAAAUUGUGUCGGAAUCUGAAUUGGCGUAAAUAUGAUGAUCUCAUUUCGUCGUCUGGACGUAAAUAAAUCGGAUACAAGUGCGCAUAUGUGAACAGUUGGCAUCUGGUUCUAGAAGAUGGGCUGGCUGUCGAAUUAAAUGCAAAUUUCGGGUUUCUGCGAGGGUGUCAUCCCCUGGGCCCUAGCGCAGUGUUUCGAGUCGGUUUUCCCGCAUAAUCUGCAUAAAUAGUUUUACGGUUUAUUGCGAAUUAAAUGCGCGCUGUGCGAAAAACUCCAACAUUAAUAAAGGGGUUCGAUUGUAGUCUAGUUCGGUCUCGCGUGUUCCGUCUCUGUCCGAUACGUUUGGUCGGUUGUGAGGUGUGUCUGUGAUCGCUUGCUAAUUCCCGGGGUUGUACAAAAUCCAAGGUUCGGGUCUGUUUUGUGGAAAACGUAAUAAUUGUGAAAAUGGAUGUGCUUGGCCGAAAAUGGAUGUUGGGGGGGCACUGUCUAAACAAGGACCAUGUCUGGAUACUGUAAGAGCACUACAUCAGACUGUCGUAGCUUUAAGGGCGGCUCUAGAACAGAGUCGUUCCGAAAUUUUAGAACUGAAAAGCAAACACUACCCGGUUGAUUCUGUAGAACAGACCUUGAGGGCACUCACGCUCGAAAAUCACGUCUUGAAAACCAAGCUAGUCGACGAGCAAGCUCAAAAACCAGUAUUAGAAGAAACCCGCGACAAUCCACUCGUUCACAAUGAAGAGAAAAAAUUAGAAACAACCCGCACCAAAUCCCGAAAGAAAAAAGGAAAGUUUGAGGCUAAAAUUUCAAUUAAGUCGAUUGGGAAAGCGUCGGCGUCUUUGGAAAGCCUUCUCGUGUUGAAAUCUCCAACCGCCAAAAAGUUAUCCGUUUCGAAAACAGUAAGUUUUUCUAAUUUGACCACUUUGGGCGACACUUCCACCAAAAAUUUAUCAGCGUCGAAAACUGUCAGCUUUUCUAACAUAAACACAUUACCUUCUGAAACCGAGAUGAACAGUAAUAACAACAACGAAACACGAGACGAAGAACCGGUUCCACAGAAUGAUCUAGAACAAGACCAAGAUCAAGAAGUCGACGAUAUAGAGUUAAUUUUUACCACAGACGAGACCAAAGACUCUGAUUUUAAAGAACAGUUAGUCUCUAUAGAACCUGGUGACUCCCACGCCGACACAGGAAACCUACUGCAAUGUCCAGAUCUUGACCAGAACCUUGACGUUUCUGAUCGAGAACUCGACGAUGACGUCUUCAACGACAACACGGAUGUGGACUUCAGACGCGAAAACUCUCAAUUGUACAACUCAAAAUCCGACAACUCCAUCAACCAAGAAAAGAGUCUGAAAAGCUGCUACUCCUACCAAGAUUCCAGUUUCGAAAAUAAGUCACUAGAAAAAGAUGAGAGUUUCGACCGGUUUGAAGAACGUGUUAGAAUUAUCGAGACGGACAUCUCGAAAUGUGGCAUACAAGACCCAGAAUACGGGGGUUUGAGGAGGAACACGUGCCCUAAUCCUCUUUCCUACAGGCCGCUUAUACACAGGGAGGCCCUUGCUAAGGGAUCACGGAAAACUCGACCAAUUCUAGCCCAUUCUAACGCCAUACGAAAAGACUCGGGUGCACAGACUGACAUUUCCGCUUUGCCUGGUUCAUCAUGGUUGUCUGAAAGCAAUUUAGUCAAUAAAGCUCGCGGGGGUGAGAAUUUUACUACUUUGCCGUCGAAGUUCCCCUUACCUGGAUCAAGACUGAGAUUAUCAGAGAAAACGGUCGAAGCCCGACGAGUUUUGCUUUCAGAUAUAGGGUUUACUAGUAUGGUGCCGGAAUUGUCGAGGUCAGCCGAUCAUUUGUGUCCUCCUAAUAUUAAAGCUCCAGUUGUAACUACUUACGGGCAGUUUUUGAAGACUAGUGACUUCCAGUCGCCGGGUUUUACCUCGCAAAAAUUUACAUGGACCACCACUACAGCUACACCAAGCGAAGGCAGUUACUCGCAAUCUCGCUACAAUAGCUUUUAUCCCCUAUCUUCUCCACCCAUCCCGUCAAGAAGGUGCUCCGCUCCAGUAUCUCCGUCUAGAAGAUCAACGAUUAAACCUGCACCCUCCAAAGUUAGGUUCGCUAAUGGUUCUCUUCCAGAACUGCGAGGUGACUGGACCCUCACUUUAGACAGUGGCGAUUCCACCGACAGUUUGGUGGAAGAAGCCGAAAACUAUUUAAGACGUUCAAUUGACUGCAUUAUGACAACGAGAGAUUAUGGAACUGAAAGUAAGAAGAGUGUGCCUAGGCGAGCAUCAGCUCCGGAACCGUCUGGAGACAACGUACCACCUCAAGGGUGGCAGCCGUUUCUCCCGAGGGUUCCACGAGACUUGAAACCAGAUCACUGGGUCAAAGUGAUCACGCCUGAAGGGCGCGUGAGGGGCGGAAGGGUUAGGUACGUGGGACCUGUAGUGUCCCAAAGCGACCAAUUCGUUGGGGUCCAACUGGGAACUCCGGAUGGACACUCCGAUGGUACUUUCAACACUAGGAGGUAUUUUCAAUGUGAACCCUAUCAUGGUAUUUUUGUACCUUUCAAGAAGGUUAUUAUGGGCUGGCGACCAUAGUAUCGGGAACACUUAAUUUCUUCUUUAUUCAAUGUGCCAUAAUGUUAUUGUUUAAGCAAUAUUAAUUCAAGUUAGGCCAAUUUGUGUUCAAUUAUUGGGUUAAUUCGUCGUUCAGAAAACUCCAAUCUGAUCGCUUCCUAUGACAAAUGAAGAAGAAAAAAAAGACAGAGAUGUGCCUUCGUCUUAAUUUUAUGGCUUACUUAUUACUCUUCUGAGAGUUUAACUGAGGAAUUGUCGUUCUCACUUUCGUUCUAUUACUUUGAAUAAUAUAACCGAAAUGUAAUCUUUAUGCAAGCUGUAGAAAUAGAAAGUUAAGUCUGACAAAAAGAGUCAGAUAUUUAUAACUGUUAUUCUCUUAGAUAUAUUGUGUUAUUGAGACCAAUUAAAGAGUCGGCCUAAAUUUGUUGAACUGUUUAACAAUGAGAAUGGUCAAUUUUCCUAUGUAUCGCCGUUAAUAGAUCAGUAUUAAAAAGGGUGUACAGGGCAACACUAAAAGUAAUAAAUAAACAUAUCUAUGUCAGUAACAAGUCUUUUAUUUUUUCGGUAAGGUAAGAAAACAGUGUAUAAAAUAACAGUUGCAAAGAGAAAUAAAUACAGAGAAAGAGUUUGAGACGAAGAAGAAAAAAAAAAGAA